AUGUCGUUGAUAUUUGACAAUCGCCUCACUUCGCCGCAGGUUGCACAGUAUGUAAGUGGUAUUUGGGCUGGGUUGCUUUUCAGUGUUGAUCAUGAUGUCUUGAGUGUCCGCUGGACCAACGACCUGCCCGUCAUUUUGUGGUUUGAAGAGCGCUGUGGAGCCGAUGAGAAUAAAGACUCGGUCCUGAUUGGUUUGAUUGGUCAUUUCGCAGAUAAUGUGCCAAUAAGCUUUACAAUAUCAAGGCUAGUAGAUGCCGUGGGGCCUUUGUGGGAAACGAAUGGAGCAAAUAUCUGCCAGUUUCUCAGGCACCCAACAGUUUCGGCCUUUCACAUGUAA